AUGUUUAUCACGGUGAUGUUUGGAGCCGGCUGCUGGGAGCUGGUGAACCCCUGGUGCAGCCUGGUGACUCUGGCUAUCCACCUGAGGCAGAGGGGGCAGGUGCCCCCAGAUGCGACCAUCGCCCUCCUGGCUGAGGACGGGCACCUGGUGAGCCUGGUCGAGGGCCUGGAGGAGGGGGCUUCCCCAGCCCCCUCCAUGGGCACCGCCCUGCUGCAGGAGCGUAGGACCUAUGUCCUUGUGCAGAUCAUCAAGGGUGAGGGUGGGGCCCCCAUCCGCUAUGAGUCCCUAUUGCAGAACCUGGAUGACCGGUGUCCAGAGCUGGCAGAGGAACUGCGCUGGCUGUCGGGCCUACCCCCCAUGGGUGAUGGCCGGAGGAGGCACACGGCCACUCGGCGUGGCCACCAGGAGCAAGGCCCUCCUCCUUCAAGGUCUCGAAGGGUAGGCUCCCUGCCACCCAGGAACCGCUAGUUGGGGCCAGGAGCCAGGU